AUGUCCAAAAUCAAAGGGAGGCCUGCUGAAGGGAGUGGUUCAGUGAGUGCCUACAUUCCACCCUCUGAGGAGGAAUCGUCUGGUGAUGAAGUUGAAGGUACAUCUGUCCGAAGACGGCAUGUGUGGAAUCGAAAUGCUCGCUCUGUUGAACCCCCCAGGGAUGAUGCUAUCUACUACCCACAAGAUGACACUUUUGGACUUUUUGAUCAGGGCAGAGAUUAUGAACCGUUGAACAUCACACAUAAAUACACAGAUGAAGAAAAGAAAACUUUAGGGACAUAUGACAGUCAUGAUUACCUCCCUACAAACAGUGAAGUCUACAGGAAGUGGCUGAAACGUCAGGGACCAUCAAGCUACAACUUGGGGCGAUGGACAAUAAUGGGUCUCAUUGGUUUCUUUGUCGGCGUGAUUGGUUUUCUACUGCAUGACCUCAUAGAGGAGAUCGCCAAGAUGAAAUGGGAAAUAGCCCAGAAGUUCAUCAAGGAUCGAGAGUUUGGUGUAGCAAGUGUAUUUGCCAUGGGAUACAGCCUCAUCUUUAUACUUUUCAGUGCAUUUAUUGUUGUAUUUCUCCGUCCAAGUGCUGGUGGCUCCGGCAUCCCUGAAGUCACUGGUUUCCUAAAUGGUACACAAAUACGCCACAUAUUUAACGUGAAGACUUUACUGGUGAAGUUUUUUUCCUGUGUAGCAGCCGUAGGAUGUGGCUUGCCUGUUGGACCAGAGGGACCGAUGAUUCAUAUGGGGGCUUUGGUAGGAGCAGGGUUGAGCCAGUUUAGAUCAGAAACUUUGAAGAUCAACCUCCCAUUCUUUCAGCGAUACAGAACAUCUGAGGACAGGAGAAACUUUAUAUCUGCGGGGGCCGCAGCAGGGGUGGCCUCAGCUUUUGGUGCCCCUGUAGGAGGCCUCCUUUUCUCUAUGGAAGAGGUGUCUUCGUUUUGGACCAUCACUCUGUCAUGGCAGAUCUUUUUCUGUUGUAUGGUGUCUGCCUUCACCACCGAUCUCUUUAACUCGGCCUUCGAUGGAUUCUCUUAUACAGGAAACUUUGGACAGUUUAAAACACAGAGAUACAUCCUCUUUAACAUUGAAAAGGGUAUAGAUGUUAACAUUCUGAUGUUUAUACCAACGGUUAUAAUAGGAGUGAUCGGAGGCCUACUUGGCGCUAUCUUCACCAUCCUCAAUCUUAAGAUGACCAGGGGCAGGAAAAAAUUACUGUCCACAAUCUCUGAACACACCAUACUACAGAAACUCAUUCGGAUCUUUGAACCAGCCUUAAUUAUGAUCAUUAUCACACUGUUGGCAGUGUUUUUACCUGCUGUCUUUCCCUGCAGUCAAUAUACCUGUAAGGAGGGCAUGACAGGUGAUGCCAGUGUCAACUGUCUGAACGACACAAGGAACCCCCUCCAUGUAGAGAGUUCGGUGGUUAAGUACACAUGUUACGAGGGUCAAGUAUGGAAAGAUGACAAGUACACCUGGAAAACCAACGGCACCUACAAUGAAAUGGCUACAUUAAUGUUUGGUACACUAGAAAAUGCAGUAAAACACUUAUUUUCCCGAGACACACAUCUCCAGUUUGGAUUUGCCUCUCUUCUUUCCACUCUGGUGAUCUACUUCAUUAUGAUAUGCUGGGCCACAGGAACUUCUGUGUCCUGUGGAGCUCUAGUUCCCAUGCUGUUAGUUGGCGGGCUGUAUGGCCGUGUCAUUGGAAUACUCAUGACGACCAUGUUCGGAGUUCACAGUGGAGAGGACCUUUCCUACUGGGCGUGGAUGGAUCCUGGUGUUUUCUCUCUGAUUGGAGCAGCCUCAUUCUUUGGUGGAGUGACCAGGUUAAAUCUUGCCGUUACUGUGAUUAUGAUGGAACUAACCAAUGACGUACAAGUACUUUUGCCAGUCAUGGUAUCAGUGAUGAUCUCAAAAUGGGUCGGUGACUUCUUUACACAUCCUGUGUAUCAUGCCUUGAUGGAACUAAAGUGCAUCCCAUUCCUGGACCCAGAACCUCGUGUCACCAUCGACAAGAACCGGAUCAAUCUAGAGCUUUACCUGGCUCGUCAUGUCAUGUCAUCACCAGUGACUAGUAUCCACACCAAAGACUGUGUACACGACCUUGCCAAGCUCCUUUUAGAUACAAGUCAUGGAGGAUUCCCAGUCGUCAAAGUGCUUGAAAGAACCGGAGAUGAAGUGUUUUGCGGGAUGAUAACCAGGUUAGAGUUGUCUGUCCUUCUUACACAUGAGGAACUGUUUGAGUCUGAUGGAUCACAAGAUGACUCCGGUGACUCAGGAAAUGGGGAACAAGACCCGACAUGGAUAGAAUAUGAACAGAUUAACAUUUUGAAACUGAAAAAUCCCAAAGAAAUCAGUCACACCUUACAGAAGUAUGUGAAGAAUCCAGCUUAUAAAACAAGAUUUUUGAAUUUGAAACAGUACAUCAACCAAUCGGCAUUGUCUAUCCCAGAGAAGUUUUCCUUACAAAGGACAUACAUCAUCUUCCGGACCCUCGGACUUCGUCACAUGACGGUGGUGGACUCGUCCAAUAAAGUACUUGGUAUUAUCACUAGGAAAGACCUGAUGGGAUUCAACAUUGUGGAGAAAGUGUCGACCCUGCAUGAUGCAAGGUUAGAAAUGCGAAGCAUGGCUGCUGCAAACCAAAGUUCAGUCGCAUAA